UCCACUAGCAUCACUGCUGCUAGCUAGCCAAACAUUAUCCUUCUUGAAUUGCCUUUGAGACGAAAGAACUAAAAAAAACGUCCAGUGCGGUUUCACAUGGACUAUUCUGCGUUCUUCCUUAUCGUUUCAUGCAUUUCAGUGAUGCCUGAUCCAACUCUUGCAGAGGGUAAAACUAAAGUUAUAGAUGCACGUGGUCAAAGUAUCAGCCGAGGAGUUCACAAUGGCGUCGCCUUUGCCAACUUUAAGUCCCACAAGUUCUCGUACCUAAACGUCUCAAGUCUUGGUACUGAUUAUGUCCUCGAUGGAGAUGAAUGUGGUUUUGCAUGCGUUUGCACACCGUCUUGUUUCUCCUAUAACCUGGCUGCAUUUUAUGACAUCAACGGAACAAUGUUAUGCGAACUGCUCCCAUCUGACAAGAACAACAACUCGGACAAGUUCGUCAGCAGCCAAUCUUUCCAUCACUUCAGUGUAGUGUCUUCAUGUAUGAGUGGACCAUGCCAGAACGGUGGAUCUUGCGUGUCAAUUUAUGAGAAGAACAGCUAUCUGUGCCUUUGCGUGAAAGGAUUCACAGGUAGUACUUGUCAAACAGAUAUCGAUGACUGUGCAAGUCAUCCAUGUAAAAACAACGGGACCUGCACAGACCGAGUGAACGGAUUCAACUGCACUUGCACACCAGGGUUUCAUGGAACACAAUGUGAAACAGACAUCGAUGACUGCGCAAGUCAUCCCUGUGAGAACAACGGGAUCUGCACAGAUCGAGUGAACGGAUUCAACUGCACGUGCGCACCAUGGUUUAAUGGAGCACAAUGUGAAACAGGCAUUCUAGGUCCCUUAUCCCAUUCGACUAUAAUAGGUGGGAAAGCUUCUUACCUAAGUCGCCUUUAUCAGUUCCUGACGCCUGCUGUUGGAUUGAGCCUUCAGUGGGUGCUGUGUUACCGCGCCUCCACUCACGGCUGGGCUGCCAAUACCUUUCACAACAGGUGUGACGGGAAACGUGACACGGUUAUUAUCAUCAAAAAGGGAGAGUACGUGUUUGGAGGAUACUCUGACAUUUCUUGGGAGUCCAGUAGUUAUGGUUCCACUUCCAAUGCGUUCAUAUUUUCACUCCGCCACAAAGAAGGUCUUAGACCAUUCAAGAGCAUGGUGGAUAAAUCGAGAUAUGCAGUUUACAGGUACCCAAGUUAUGGUCCAACAUUUGGUGGAGGGUAUGGUGGACGGCAUGACAUCUACCUUGCUGACAAUGCCAACAGUAACAAUAAUUCCCACACAAACUUUGGCCACGCUUACUCUGUCCCAAGUGAAGUAAACGACAGUAGCACGAUCCUGGCGGGAACUCACUACUUCUCAGCUGAUGAGAUGGAGGUGUUUUAUCUUGGUUGAUUUAUCCUUUUAUCCUUUCAUUCACGGUCUCAACUAAUUUAGAAUAUAACAACGUCAUAAACAAGCGAUCAGAACGGAUUAGGUUAAGUUUUUGUUUACCUUCUUUUUUGUUCUCCAAGGGACACUUUCACGAUAUAUUCGCUUACAGCUGUUAUAAAGUCACAAAAUGGUCCCUCAAUUUUUGUAAUAAGAACUUAAUUAGUUCUAACUAAAUGAUUAAAAACAAUGUCUUGAAGAGAGUCCACUCUGCAGCAACAUUUUUGCAACAUUUUUGCAAAACUUGAACGAUUUUCUAGCCAAACCUUUGAAAAACUGACAUCCUGACGCUUUUUCAAAAAUCCAUAUCGCAAUCCGUUUCCAUCCGUCCUCGCCACCGUUAGCCAUCCUCACUUCCUAAUGGGUUUUAAUCAUUUGUCGAAUACUGCUCUACAAAAUAAAACCAUUAUUGUUCAGCCUCCAAUGAUCGAUAUACGUUUUUGAAAUUUCCAAAAUCAUGCUAAAAAUAAUGACAAUGUCCCGUUAAGUUGUUUGAAAACUAUUACAAAUAAUAUACUUAACCAAUUUAUUUUAAUUUUGACCACACUAAUGACUUAGACUUAACAUGUUGUCAUUAGUUAUUUGGUCUUUUAUGUGUUUAUAUGAGUAGUUUUGAUUUGUGAUAUAUUCUUUUCUUUGCUUUUUUGGUGGGUG